AUGCCAACGAAUGCCGCCUUGACCCUGCUCCACCCCUCAAAGUCUCUCGAAUCGAUCGCCACUUGGAUCUCUGCUGCUGCUGCUGCUGUUUUCCCAGACUUCAAUUCACUUCGCAUCAAAUUCGCGUCUCAGUCAUGCAUAAUCGCCUUUGACAGCCGGGAUGACUGUCGUGCGACGGAGACUGCCUGCCGCGACAAGAAAAUCGCGGGUCGCCAAGUUGGCUGCAGUUCCACCACUUCGGAGGAGUACUCUGGCCUCUUGCAGGAGAUUUUACCAGGCAGAAACAAGGGAAAAGCUGCACCCGACCGGGAUGGUUUGCAGAUAAAGCUUUUUAAUCUACCGUACAGCAUCACUGAGGAGGAACUUAAGAAGGUCUUUCCGCGGUGUCGACGAAUCUUUUUCGCCAAAAACAAAUCUGGAACAUCCUGUGGGCUGACUUCCGCCUCCGUUCUGAUCCUGGUCAACAGCCGACCUUCAAGCCCACUCAAUCCGCUCAAUCCUUCCGCUUCUCUUGUUUUGAAGGAACUCAUUGGGAUUGUCAUCGCUAUCUUGACUUUCAAGAAGCGAUUAAUUUGCGAGGCGGCACUCAAACGGGCCAAGCACCUGACACUUCAUGGGCGCAGGAUUCGCGCAGAGGUGAACGUUUCGCUCGCAAAGACUGAACCUGGGGAAAGUGUUGGAUUGAAGACAAGAACCAAGAAGGCCCGCACCACUCCUAACCAAGUUUCCCACCCGAAACGCCAGCCUACAAAUCCCCACUCACCGCCUCCUGAAGACGUAGUGAAACUGAACGUGGCCGAAGGGACGCAACAAGAUGUGAUAGCGGUGGAGUGGGGCAGAUGGACCGUGCGCGUUCAAACUGGUCGUUGUUGCGUGGACAUCCUCGUGCUGUCCGGGAAUUGUACCACCGUCACCUGGUGCCUCUUUCCCUCGCUUCGUGUUCCCAUUGUCUCCAUCAGCAGAUGCUGCACUCGAGAAGAGUCUCGUUUUUGGCUAGCCUGA